GAUCAGAAAAGCAGCUUCAAGCGCCUCUUCGCCUCAUUUCAGCUGCAGUGGCUCUAAAGCAGAAAGACGCAUUUUACAGCUCGUCUGAGGUUUCUGAGGCUGAUGAUGAGGGCGAUGAAGCUGAAGACAUGAAUGCUGAAGUUUCUGGAGUUAAACACUGCACCUCUGACAGACUCUGACGCCUCUACAUGGAUCUUCCGUUCACUCCUCACAGCAGCACCAAACUCCUCCUGUCCCCCCAGUGAGAAAAUGUACCCCGGUGAACCCGACCCCCAGCACCCAGAGGCCCAGCUGGACUUCUUCCACAAGCUCGGGUACUCCACAGCUCAAGUUCAGGCCGUUCAGCAGAAGUUUGGCCCCAACAUGGACACAGAUAAACUUCUGGGGGAGCUGGUGAGGAUCCGGGCCAAUCAGGAGGGCCGUCAGGGGUCCGAACAGACACUAGUGACCACGAUAUCGGUGCUGAUGCCCAGAGGGGACCCUCAGGGCCCCACCAUGCAGCUGCCUUUAACUGCACCAGUUCAGAGCAUAGAGGAGAGCUGUGAGGACGAAGACGCUCUGAGACCGGUCGUUAUAGAUGGGAGCAACGUGGCCAUGAGCCACGGGAACAAGGAAGUUUUUUCCUGUCUGGGAAUCCAGCUGGCUGUGAACUUUUUCGCCGACAGAGGCCACACUGAAAUCACUGUGUUUGUUCCCUCCUGGAGGAAGGAGCAGCCCCGGCCAGAUGUCCCCAUCACAGAUCAGCACAUCCUGCAAGACCUGGAGAAGAGGAAUAUUCUAGUGUUCACGCCGUCGAGGCGUGUCGCGGGCAAACGGGUGGUCUGUAAUGAUGAUUUCUACAUCGUCCAGCUGGGCUACGAGUCUGACGGCAUCGUCGUGUCUAACGACAUGUACCGAGACCUUCAGGGAAAGAAGCCCGAGUGGAAGCGCUUCAUCGAGGAGAGGCUGCUGAUGUACUCCUUCGUUAAUAACAAGUUUAUGCCUCCUGAUGAUCCUCUGGGCCGCUAUGGACCGACCCUGGAGAACUUCCUGCGGAGGGUUCCAAAGACUACGAAAAAACAGCUAUGUCCUUACGGAAAGAAAUGUACCUAUGGGAUUAAAUGUAAAUUCCACCAUCCUGAGCGAACCAAACAGUCGAACCGCUCGAUUGCUGAUGAGAUUCGGGAAGGCGCGAAACCACCGUCCACGGCAGUGAAACAGCCCUCAGCUCGCUCCAGUCCUGUGCCGGGACACAGCCUCUCGCUGGUGGAGGACAUGGCAAAGAAACUGACUCUGGGACACGAGAGCGGCUCCUUAAAGAAAGAUCAUAAAAACGAACAUGUGAAGAUGGGUCAGCGCUGCAGCAAGAAGGCCACGUCUAGAAAAGAGAAGAGCGGCCACCACUCGUCCGUUGAACACGGCUCAGAACACCAGCUGGACUCUGGUUUGGGCUCCAUAGACAGUCAGCCAAUGGACGCCCCCUGGAGUGUGUGUGAUCACAAAUACAGUGCAACAUAUGGGAGCUCUCAGCACAGCCACAGUGUGAGACAGCAGUACUGCCCUCCCUGCAGCUGCUGCUCACGUGGCGUUUCCUCUCGGGGAACCACGCCGGCUUUCCAGCACCGCAACCAGCAUUACGGCAUUCCCUACCCGCCUCAGUACGCCAGCUACUGUGCGUACCCAGUCAGCAUGCCUCCGUACAGUCAGCCGACGGAUUUCCAGCACAACGUAGCUGACGACCGCCAGAGGCAGCAGUAUUGGUCCGAUCCGUUUGGGGCUCAUCCUCCCCAGCGGUCGAACUGGGAGCCUCCUCAGGGGGCGCGUCCCAGUGGAGAGGAGAGAGAGGUUGUCCGGAAGAAGCUCCUCGGCAUCUUCAGCGCUGACUUGGUGGACACGGCCAUGGACAUGUUUCCUCAGCAGAUGGAUCCACAGAUGCUGGUCGCUGAGAUCCUCAAGAUGCAGAGUCAGAACCGGGCCCUGAGAUGAGAUGAAGUCCAGCGCCGGCGUGAACCCUUGUCUUUCAGUGGGAAGACUGAAAAGAUAAACAUGAGUUUGUGUAUUUAUGUAUUGUGGUAUCCACCUUGUUGUAUUUGAAUGUCUGUUUUUUUUUUAAAACUACAGCACUGUGCAAAAGUCUGA